CGCUACCUUUUCUUUAAGCCUUCUCCUCUUGACUCUCCAAGGAGUGAUUGUGCUCACAAGCAUGGCCGUUGUGCAAGAAGAAAUUGAAUCUAAAUAUGACCGAAUUAUUGAGUUGAAAGCUUUUGAUGACUCGAAACUUGGUGUGAAGGGGCUUGUUGAUGCUGGGCUGGCAAAGAUCCCCCGGAUGUUUAUCCAUCCACAACAUAAUCUCUAUGAGAAAUCAGGCCCCAUUGACUCUCAUUCUAAUAUUCCAAUCAUAGACCUUGAAGGUGUCAAGAAUGAUGUGACUCUCCAUGCUAAAAUCAUCAACGAAGUUCAAAAAGCUUGUGAAAACUGGGGCAUCUUUCAGAUAGUCAAUCAUGGAAUUUCAGAAGGGAUUUUGGAGGAGAUGAUCGAAGGCAUACGUAGAUUUCAUGAGCAAGAUGCUGAAGUGAAGAAAGAGUAUUAUACUCGUGAUUUUACAAAAAAGGUGAUAUUUUUGUCAAAUUUUGAUCUAUUUCAGGCAUCAUCAGCCUCCUGGAGGGAUGCCCUUUUGAGUACCAUCACUCCUAAUCCCCCUGAUCCCAUACAACUGCCUUUAGUAUGCAGAGAUAUAGUGGUGGAAUACUCGAAGCAAGUAAAGCAUUUGGGGUAUACUCUGUUAGAAUUGCUAUCUGAGGCUCUUGGACUUGAACCAAAUCAUUUUAAAAACAUGGAAUUUGCUAAGCAGGGUUUCUUCUUGGCUCAGUACUAUCCUUCAUGUCCUGAACCCGAAUUGACGCUGGGCACCAAACGCCAUACUGAUCCUAACUUUCUUACUAUUGUUUUACAAGACCAAGUAGGUGGUCUCCAAAUUCUUCAUGAGAAUCACUGGAUGGAUGUUCCUCCCAUACCUGGGGCCCUAGUAAUAAACACCGGAGAUGUUCUGCAGAUUGUAACCAACGGCAGGUUUAAAAGUGUAGAACACAGAGUACUGGCACAGCAUGAAGGUCCAAGAAUUUCAGUGGCGUCCUUCUUCAACUCAUGUUUCCCACCAUCCUCAAAAGUUUACACACCGAUUAAGGAGUUGUUGUCUGAAGAGAAUCCUCCAAAUGAUAAAUAAAUCACAGUAGGAGAGAAUGGUACCUAGUUCAGAGCAAAAAGAGCUUGAUGAGAGUAUGGCGGCCCUGGUACAAUUCAAGCUCUUUGGCAAUAGAGAUGGAGAAGGGUCACCGUUAUGGAUGAGUAAGGUAGUGGAUGCUUUAUCGUAUUUGUGAAUGUUUGGUUGUCAUCUUAAAUGGCAACAUAGGUCGAAACUGGGUGUUUAAUAUCAUUUAUGCUGGCAUAUUCUGAAGCUUGAAACCUCUGCUGUUGUAGUUUUUAUGGGUGGAAGCCCCUUAUUAUUAUAGCCUAUUAUGUCGACACUUGAUCAGUUAUAUUGAAGUGUGAUAUUUUUUAGCUUGA